GUUGACGUUCCUUAAUCACUGAAAACUUCAUAAAUUGCCCUACACUGUAUGAAUUAUCACGAAUACCGUGACCUUCUCUAUGAUCAUCAAAUAUUUUACCAAAGAAGUUUUACAAUAUGUUACAAACCAGUUAAAGGCAGUUUUCUUACAUCAUUUAAGAAUCUUUGUUUUCAAAGGUAUAUUUGUCCAGUAGAGAGAACAUUAUUCGACAAACAAAUGCGUAAAUAUAUUUCAAAAUAAAAUUCAUGCUCAAAUAAUCAUUCAUCAGAUAAAGGAGAAUCCUCUCGUGAGUUAUCCAAUUCGUCAAUUGAAGAAUUAUUUUCUCUACCUCUAGACCCAUUAUGACGCUGCCUCUAAGUCUAUGUUAUUAUUUUGAAAUUCUGUGUUCAAGCGUUGAUUUCUUAAAUGACGUCUCACCAGCGUAUUAUCUACUAUAAUAAUUAUCAAGAUAGUCCAAACCGAUACCGUCUUCAUGUUUCCAAAUGAACAAGAGAAAGUUACAAAAUGACAUGAAUAAAUGAUGUUAUAUACAUGGAAAGUUUAAUAAGAGGAAGCUUGAAUUAACCAGCCUCACUUUUAUUCAAUGAAUAAACUGACAUUUGAAUAGCCAUUUUUUCAAGUAAGUAUUAUUUCCUCUAUGUUAAUCUCUUCAGCUACAAAAAAGUAAAUUCAUGGUAAAAAGUGGGCUAUUUUAAACGUAAUGAAUUUCAUUGGUUAAAUAUAAAUCAAUUUUAAAAAUCAAUAUUUUCACUCAUAUUAGGAUUCGAUCAUCCAUUGAGGUAUAGAGGUAUUAUAAAAUAAAGGCAUUGUAUUUUUAAAAAUAAAGGUAGUGUAAAACCUGCUCCUCUGGAAAAGGAGAGUAGAAAGUAAUCUAAUGGCAAUUGAAGCGUAUCAAAUGUCUGAUGGAUUCACUUCUAUGUGGUUUAUAAAAGAGAGACUAUCAACAUGUUCAUCCAUUAUUUUUAUGUCUUGAGUAUUGUAUCAACGACUCAUGUUCAAAUUCAAGGAGUAAAAUUGAACGAUACAUUGGAAUAUACCAGCAAUCGCAUAAAAAAUAUUCUGCCGGCAUUCAAUUCUAUAUCGAAGGCAAGGAAAUAUGAUAUUUAUAACGACAUAAAUGGUGACAUUAAUUGGCGCCUAAGAGCUGUGGUAUCAGACAAUCGACAAAUAAAGAGGCUAAAGGCUCCCUCGACAUUCCUCAAACCUCCAAGCGUCCAAAAACUUAAUAUGUACAACUAUUAUAAAAACAUCAUGGAUCAAAAAUUAUUGACAAAUCAUGAAACAUAUACAACUCCGAAAACUAGAAAGGGGGAAGAAAAAUAUAAAGCAUCAACGAGUUUUUAUAUAAGAGAUCAUGCACCCACUCACGGAUCACAGAGUACAGAAAAAACAAUACAGGAUGAACAAUUGGAAGGAACGGAGCAUUCAAAUGAAGUUGAGAGAAUCAACUUCCACAUUCAUGGCCACGAGGGACCUGAAACUUAUGUAUUUGGAUAUGACACCGGAAAUGGGAAUAAUAGACAAUUUCGUUAUGAAGAACGUCAUGACAAUGGAACAGUAACAGGUCAUUAUGGUUAUUACGAUGCCAGAGGAAAACUUCACAAGGUCCACUACACGUCCCAUCCAUCGAUUGGAUAUAACUCAUUUUCAUUAGAAAAUACAUUGAAACUAAAUAAUCAUUAAAUCCUGUACUAUAUUAUUAUUAUUAUUAUUAUUAUCAUUAUUAUUAUUAUUGAGAAUCAGCUAUUGACUGGUUUAUUCAACAAUAUAACGAUUAUUUCAUGUGAGUAUAAUAAAAAAAUAAUAUGGAUCAAUACGCACAACGAAAAGAGAGCUAAUAAGUGACUGACAAAAACUCAAAUUAUUAUAAAAAUUCUUACAAUAGCAAUAAUGUGCCAAUUAGAUAGAGAUACUUGACAAUUAUUCUAUAAAAAAUACAGCAAGAAUUCAUUGUCAUGAACUCGCUUACAUUUUUUUUUUUCAUCAUAAUAAAUAAUUUGUGUAAUCAUUAAAUAUACAAUUUUCCAAAUCGAUGUUAUAGGAGAAUUAUAAUAAUCGAGCUGUCAAUAAUAUAAUACCAGCAUAUGAAUAUAGUAUCGAAAUAAUUCUAUCUUUACGGUGUCUUUACAUUGGCGUAUUUCUCUGUUGAAUAUUUUCACUUGCACUUUUUCCCUGAACCAUAUGAAGAGCUCUUGCUAAUCUCUGACAUUCCAAUUAUUUGAUUCAUCAGUAUGUAAA